AUUUAUCAGAUGCUACAUGUAUUUGUAAGCUUCUUUUAUGUCGAAAAGUCUAACAGUUGACAACAGUACAAUCAAGUUUCAAAUAUGGGAUACAGCUGGACAGGAGAGAUAUCGGUCGCUAUUACCAAUGUAUUACAGAAAUGCAGCAGCAGCCAUUGUUGUGUAUGAUAUAACCAAUGAAGGAUCAUUCACAGUGUUACAGGAUUGGAUAGCAGAACUACACAGACUAGGUCCACCUAAUAUUGUAUUAGCAAUUGCUGGAAAUAAAUGUGACCUUGAAGAUAUAAGAGAAGUAUGUCUAGUAUAA